CGGGCUGUGCGGAGGGCGCGGGCGGCCCGGGCUCCUGCGCGGUGGCUCCGCUCCCGCCUGGGCCGCGGCCGCGCGCCCUCCCUUCGGGGAGGAGGAAGAGGAGGAAGGAGGAGCGGCGUUGGGAGGAGGGCGGACCGCGGCAGUCGCGCCGCCGCGGGGAGGAAGCGGAGCCGGCGGCUGCUGGGUUUUCAUUUUGUCUGGGGAAAUGGUAGCAUGCUGGUCAGAUUUUUGUCAACUGGACAUAAGCUACAGUUAUUUGGGAAGAGGAACUCUAAAUUGAGAAAAUGCCUCCAUAAGAUUUGUCUGUAGUUCCUGUUUUCAGGUUCCUGCCUUGAGUUCCUGACCUGACUCCGAUGGACUGUGAUCACAAUGUGUAAGCCAGAGGCUGAGCCAUCAGCUGAGAUUGAAGAUGGAGUAUUUGAUGUGAGCAGCAACAAGAGAGAAUGAACCAGAGAGUUGAUUUCUAGAUAUCAUUGAUCAACCUCACAUACUGCCUUGAGAACUGAAGGAGAACCAUCUGAGUGGCCGUUUCCAGCCAUGAUCAGCUAAAAUAGCUUCAGAGGUUAAAUGAAACCGGGCAGAGUUCACCCAUGAGGCAUCACAGCCCCUCCCGAUGUUUGGGGAUAGCUGCUUUAGAAGCAAAUUGACCCUUUUGGAUUAGUUAACUUUUGUCACAAUGAAGAAAAUCAGUCUGAAGACCUUCAGGAAAUCUUUCAAUCUGAGUAAAAGCAAAGACGAAACUGAGUUCAUGGUGGUUCAGCCCCAGUCCCUUGCUGGUGACUUCGUAAAAGAUGACUCUUUAUUCGGGAGCUGCUAUGGCAAAGACAUGGCCAGCUGCGACAUUGGCAGUGAGGACGAGAAAGGGAAGAACAGGUCCAAAAGCGAGAGCCUGAUGGGCACUUUGAAGAGGCGGUUAUCCGCCAAGCAGAAGACCAAGGGCAAGGGUGGCACUGCGCCCACAGAUGAGGAUGCCUUCUCCUCAGCUUCAGCUCCUGGUGGCCUCAAGGAUGUGCGUGCUCCAAGGCCCAUCCGUUCCACAUCACUGCGAAGCCACCAUUAUAGCCCCACACCCUGGCCGCUGCGUCCCACCAGCUCGGAGGAGACAUGCAUCAAGAUGGAGAUGCGAGUGAAGGCACUGGUGCAUGCUGCCAGCCCAGGACCAGUCAACGGUGUGCGCAAGGAGCUUCGGGAGCUGCAGCCUAAGGAGCUGCGUGACCUGCAACCCAGAGAGCUACUGCAGCCCAGGGAGCUGCGAGACCUGCAGCCAGAGCCGCGCCCUGAGUCCCGCUGCAGCCCCAGCUCUCCCGGGGAGCUGAGCCUCCACCUGGAGGAGCACGUGCCUGUAGUAAUCGGACUCAUGUCUCAGGACUACCUUCAGUACACCGUGCCUUUAGACGACGGGAUGUGCCCACUAGAAGGGCCGCGCAGCUGCUGCCUGGAUACGUCUUCUCCCAUGGAGGUGUCAGCCGUGCCCCUGCCAGGGGCGAGUGGAACCUUCUCCGAAGACGACAGUCACGUGGACCAGGACCUGGUUGUAGGCCCAGAGAUCCUUGUGGAUUCAUCGGUGAACAACUUACUGAUUGGUACCACAGGAGUCAUGUUGCAGAGCCCUAGAGGAGGUCAUGAUGAUGCCCCUCCCCUCUCACCGUUGCUACCUCCAAUGCAGAAUAACCCAAUCCAAAGGAACUUCAGCGGCCUCUCAGGCCCAGACUUGCACAUGGCCGAAAGUGUUCGCUGUCAUUUGAAUUUCGAUCCCAACUCUGCACCUGGGGUUGCUAGAGUUUAUGACUCGGUGCAAAGUAGUGGCCCCAUGGUUGUUACAAGUCUUACGGAGGAGCUGAAGAAGCUUGCAAAACAGGGGUGGUACUGGGGCCCCAUCACACGUUGGGAGGCAGAGGGGAAGUUGGCAAAUGUGCCAGAUGGUUCUUUUCUUGUUCGGGAUAGUUCUGAUGACCGUUACCUUUUAAGCUUGAGCUUUCGCUCCCAUGGUAAAACACUUCACACUAGAAUUGAGCACUCAAAUGGUAGGUUCAGCUUUUAUGAACAGCCAGAUGUGGAAGGGCAUACAUCUAUAGUUGACUUAAUCGAGCAUUCAAUCAGGGACUCUGAAAAUGGAGCAUUUUGUUAUUCAAGGUCUCGGUUACCUGGAUCAGCAACUUACCCAGUCAGACUGACCAAUCCAGUGUCACGGUUCAUGCAGGUGCGCUCUCUGCAGUAUCUGUGCCGCUUUGUUAUACGACAGUACACCAGAAUAGACUUAAUUCAGAAACUGCCUUUGCCAAACAAAAUGAAGGAUUAUUUGCAGGAGAAGCACUACUGAGAGAUUGGGAGCCCUCUUUCUUGCACUUUGGGGUUGAGAAACAAGACUUGAGUACAGUUUACAGACUUACAUCACCAUUGAAGUCUUUGCUGCCAUAACUUUUAGUUUUUAUGUGUGAGAGUCAUCGAUUUGUUCAGGGGUGGGGAAGUGUCUGCAAGGUGUCCUGAGUUUAUUUUGGUUCUUGGAAAGGGAUGGAUGUCUUGAGGGUCUAGAAGUGUGAGUUACCUUUCCUUAAUGUGCAGAAUAAUCACAAUGUGAAUGACCAGAUUCUCCUUAAUGCCCCUCCCCAGUCCUUUGCUGCUAUCCACUGUGAUUCUUAUGCAUUAAAGCACAUUUCAUGUGUAUUCAACCCUAAGUAAAGUUGAAUGAAAUUUUAAGAAAUACAAAUUGCUAUGACGUUAAAUGACCCAGUUGAAUAAACAUGUGGGAUAAACAUUUACAUAUACACUGAAAAGUGAUUUUUUAAGUCUCACACUUUAAAAAUGAUUUGUCCAGAAUUAUAAAUUAAUACAAUGUUGAUAAAUGGAAUUCAGAUUUGCAACAUCUUUUACAACACUUUUCUAAAUUAUAUUUUAAGGAUGUGAUAAUUGUUUUGGUUGUGAGAAGUUGAAUUUUUCUGUUGCCUUCAUUUUCAUCUUGUGGUUUGUCUCUUUUGAUAAAUUGCCUUACAUUAAAAAUUGUAAACAAAUAUAUACCCAAUUUAGAAAUUGUUGCCUUUUCUGUCAUUGAUCUCGGGUACAAAUUGGCGUAACUUAAAGCUCUGUAAAGCCCAAACAACUGUUACAAAAGUAAGAUAACCCUGGUUUCUUGUGAGGUGUGUGUGUGUGUGUGUGUGUGUGUGUGUGUGUGUGUGUGUGUGUGUGUGUGUAUGUGUGUGUGUGAGAGAGAGAGAGGGAGAGAGAGAGUUUUUUUCAGUUAAAUGUUUUAUCUAUAAUUUCUUUAAUAGAUACUUGCUUCCAUAAACUUGACAAAACAAGUUUCAUAAAUGAGUUGUAUUUUCUUACAUUAAAGUUUAUAUAAAGUUGUAAACUGAUUUGAAUAGAAAGGUUAUUUUAAAGUUGUCUUGACUUUCUUCUGUAUAAUCUUUACAGUGUGCUGGGUUUAACCAUUCUCCUAAACCAACAACCCUGAAUGACAUCAGUUAAAUAAUUAGAAAUUGUGAUACAUUGUGUGAGAAAAAUUGUAAAACCAUAUCAGAUACCAGAAAUAAUUUCCUGCUUGUGACUACCCAUUGAAGAUAGCAUUUUUGUUUAUUUUAAUUUAGUUAAUUCUUAAGUAGUUUGGCAUCUCUACUUUCUUAUCAUUGUGUUAGAGAAUGAUGUGCCCAGGUUUUAAAAGUUAUUUUGGAACAUAGACUGUUGAUUGAGUUCAAAGUUCUGCAACAGUGUUAUUAAAACUAUUAAGCGAUAGUAUUUAAAGAUUUUCCCAUUCAGAAAAUAUUUCCAGCUAUACAUCCUUUUAAAAAAAAAUCAGAAUGAUAAAGGUCUUACGUCAAACUUGCUGACUUUGUCAUUUAAACAUAUCUAUAGCUUUACAUUUUUCUCUAUUUUUCUAGGGUCAAAAUUGAGAUAUUGCAGGAAAGGCUCAGUGCCAACAUGUUAAAGAGUUGUGGUAUCUUGACUUAUAAGGAGCAAGACACUUACUUUUGAUGGAAUGUUAAAUUCAUUUUCUGAUGUGUUUCACCUAAUAUGAUGGAUGGAGUAUACUGUAUAGUACAAGCAUUCUCUAUUAGAUUAAGAACGGUUGGAGAAUUGUAGGCUUGUAAGCAAAGUAAUGCAAGACACUUAACUAUUUUUUUGUAAAACUUUAUUUUUAAACAACUGAAGCUAUAGCUAGGGCAAGUUGACAGUCCCCACAUCUACAUUAGAUGGCAGGUGUUGUCACAUAGUCACUCUAUUAAUAAUGAAUGUCAAGAUGGCUUCAUGUUCCAAAAACGUGCACAUGUCCUUGAGAUUAUGGCUUAUAGAAGUCUCAGGACUAUCCCAAACAUGUUUCAAAUGAACAUCACUUGUUUCCCGUUCUUUCUCUUGGUACCGGGUGCUUAAGAUCUACCCAUUAAAUGUCAAGAUUAUUCUUAUCUUUAUCUAAAUCUUUCUAAUAAUCAAUUUUGUGUGACUUUGUAGGACAAAUCUUUAUUAUGAAAACAGCCCUUGAUGAGCCUCCAUUUUCAUGCUUAAUAUGACCAGUGUUAUUCAAUUUGAAAUCAUUAGAUUCUGAUAGUUUAUGAAUAAAAAUUGAAGCAUUUAUUGAGAAAUCAGAUUAACAAACAGAAAGGUAUAUUGUCAGUAUUUUUGUGUUUUUGUAGCCAAGACAUCCAUCUAACAGAAGUGGGAAAUACUGACUUUUGUAUGACACUGUCUAGUAAAAUUGAAAAGAGAUUUGAUUAAGUCUCUGUCUUGUAUCUUAGCCUAGAUUGAAGUUGGUUAACUUUCUGGCUUUUUUGAACUUAGAUGAUACAAACACAACCUCUAAGCCAUUCUGUGUGUGUGUGUGUGUGUGUGUGUGUGUGUGUGUGUGUGUGUGUGUGUGUGAAUUAUUUUUGUUACUUUUCAUUUUUUGCAUGCAUUACAUCCUGACCACAGUUUUUCUUACCUUUCCUCCUCCUAGUGCUCCCUCCCAGCUUCCCCUGUCUUCUAGAUCCACUUCUCCAUUUCCCUUCAAAACAAAAAACAAACAAACCCCACCACCAACAACAACAACAAAAACAAAGAGCAGGCCUCCCAGGGAUAUUAACAGAACCUAGCAUAACAAAUUCCAUUAAGACUAGAAACAAACCCUCAUAUCAAGGCUGGAUGAAGGAAAAGGGUCCCAAGUGUAGGCAAGAGAUUCAGUGACACCUGCAACCCCCAUUGUUAGGGGUCUGACAAAAACAUCAGUUACACAACCAUAAAGCUCAUGCAGAGGCCCGAGCUCAGACCCAUACAGGGUUUGUGAUUGUUGCUACAAACCAUUCUUCUUAAGUCUUCACAUUUAGAAUUCCUACAUUAAGGUAAGACAAAAGCAAGCAGGAAAACCAUCUGUGACAAUGAAUCAGGUUUUUUUUUUUUUUUUUUUUUUAAAUACUCAAAUACUCCACCACCAAAAAUGCUGGAGGCUUGAGGGUUAAUUUGGGGCUUCCUAACACAUGUAACACAUUUUUAUAAAUAAGGGAGCUAUAGAAAGUACUUGAAAAAUUGCCUUGCUUUCUCCAAGGAAGACUUCUCUUUCUACAUGGUGCAAUACUCUGAAAUUUUAGAAGGUCACAUAAAUAACCACAAAACUGAAAAAAUGAUUUUAAGGAAACCAGUCACAUAAGGCAACAGUUUUGCUGUUGAAUAAAAUGAUGUACCAAAAAGGCUAACUUGUUAGCAUUAAGGAAGUAAAACAGUAUUCAUCAUAGUUUCUGAGCCAGUAUUACUGAAGAUGAAAGUUAUUGAAAUCUUACAGGUUUAUUCAGUUUCUUUCCUAGUGCUAAGCAUCUCUAACUGCUUUCAGAAAUGCCAACUCUAAUGCACAUUUCAUAUUGUAUGUGAAAGAAACUUAAAAUGAAUCAAAAUAACAUUUUGAUUUAUAUCUGAAUGUCUUUCAUUGAAUAUGAAGUGUUCAUUAGAAAAUGAAAUAACACUACCAGCAAUAGACAGUUUUGUUGAAUAAUGAGGAACAAUAACCAGUUCCACAAAUAACUAAAAUUCUAACGUUAUUGGUACAUUGAUAAUAAAAAUUGCUUUCUUUUAAUACUGUUUUAGUCCUGUAAAGUUUUUAUCAUAUCCUUUUUAUUGAUCAGGCAUGAUGUAACAAGGCAAAUAAUGAAUUUGUUUUUGAAAGGUGAUGCAAGUUCUCCAACCAGCAAGGAUGAGAUGGGAUCUUAGAGUUUCCUAACAGUAUAUUGUCAUGGUGGGGUAAGGAAGUCUCAUAGUUAAUGUGCCAUGAAAUUAAAACCUGCAAUCUAGAUUGCUGUAGUUUACACUUUGUAUGUUUCAAAUCAGGUGUAUACUGUUUGUACUGAGAACACCACAGAAUGAACUAUCCAAAGUCCACCAAUUUAAUAUGUGUUUUGGUUUGUAAGUGAAUUAUAGUAAUUUCUUGCACAUUUUUUUGGAAAUCAAUUGUAUAAAAAUUUAUGUAUCUGCUUCUAGAUACAGUAUGUAAAUAAAAGUUUUGUUCAUAACA